AUGGAAAGUGAGGUGAAGUCAUGGCUGGAAAAAAUCCUGAAAAACGAGCACCUCUCACACGUGAAAAUCGUGGGAGGUUCGGAAAAGGGCGACGGCUACAUGGGCGACAUAGUUUUCGUGGAAGCGACGGCCGGAAAACCCCACCAUCUGGUGUUAAAAUGUGCCAAACGGAGCGCGUUACUGCGCGAAAAAUCGCCGGUUAAGGAGGCGUUUCUGAACGAGAUUUUCUGCUACGACUCGCUUUUCCCCGAGUUUUCGCGCUUCCAGAGCGAGCGGAAAAUCACAGACCCGUUCGAUAACGUGCCCAAGUGUUACGGUACUCUGGUGAGCGAAGAAAUGGAAAUCCUGGCUUUGGAAAAUUUGAAAAACCUGGGAUACGUGCUGUGGGACCGCAAAACGGCGCUCACCCGAAACCACAUCGAUUUGAUUGUGGAAAACUACGGGAAAUUGCACGCGAUUUCCAUCGCCAUGAGGGACCAAGAGCCACAAAGGUUCGAAAAUUUGGCCUCGAAACUGGGCAAUGUGUUGAAGUUGUUCGACCAGUUGACAAACAUGGUUGGGAGUUUUGUUGUUGGGAUUGAAGAUUUGUACCAAUUGUUCAAAGGGGAGGAUUUUGCCCCACAGUGGAGGGGUUUGAAGGGGAAACUGCGGGCUUUUUUCACCGAUUUGUGGGACAAUGUUGACGGCAUGAGAGUGAUAUGCCAUGGGGAUUGUUGGAAUAAUAAUUUCAUGCACUAUCACCGUGACGGAGUGCCAGUAAAUUUUGCCAUGAUCGACUGGCAGUUGGCUUUCCUCAGUUCGCCAAUUGUUGACUUGUCUUAUUUCCUCUUCAGUUGUAUCGCAGAGGAAGAUAUUGAAGAUAUGGACACGAUUUUGAGGCUCUAUCACGAUUCUUUAACAAGUCAUUUGGAAAAAUUAGGGAGUAGUCGCGAUUUGUAUCCUUUUGGCCAGUUUCUGGACGAAUGGAAGAGGUACAGUAAGAUGGGCGUCACUUUUUCAAUGAUCAUUCAUCGGACUGCUCUUUUGGAUGCGGAAAAUGUUCCAGAUUUGGUCAAAUCGGCCGAAGGUGGACAAGAUGUUUUAGAAGAUUUUAUUCUGUGUCCGAUUUCAGACGCCGAAGCUUACAAGAAACGAAUGUCUUACAUUAUAAAACAUGCAGUAAAAAACGAUUUAGUACGAAAUAAAAACCUGGCUGGCACCAGCCUUAAAAAAAGAAAAUGUGGCCGAUUUCUCGGUGAAAAUUCUGGGAAGUUCGGAAAAAGGCGACGGUUACGUGAGCGACGUAGUUUUCGUGGAAGCGACCACAAGUGGAAAACAGUUCAAUCUGGUCCUCAAAUGCAGCAAACGCUCGAAAGCCCUUCGCGAAAAAAUGCCCAUGAGGAGUGUUUUUUGCACGAAAUUUUCAUGUAUGAGAAGCUCCAGCCGACGUUCCUCCAACUCCAGAAGGACCACAACUGCGAAAAACCCUUCGUUUCGUACCCGAAAUGUUACGGUUCGUUUGUCGGCGAUGACGUGGAAGUGAUAAUUUUGGAAAAUUUGAAAAAACGUGGGUUUGAACUGUGGCCGAAAAAGCAGCCUCUGGCGCGGAAAUUGGUCGAUUUGGUGGUCACUGAGUACGGGAAAUAUCACGCGCUUUCGGUGGCCAUGAGGGAAAAACACCCGGAAAAGUUUCGCGAGUUGGUUGAGACUGUGAUAAAGGGGAAAGCUGAUUUUGGUGACAUGGAAACCAUGGUAAAAAUGUUCCAAGCGCCCAUUGAAGAUUCGCAUAAUUUGCUCAAAGGAGAAGUUGAUGAUAAAAUUCUCGACAAGUGGAGGAAUUUCCAAAACGAUGUUCACUUUAUUAUGGAGCAGUUAGACGAAGGUUUCGAGGGCUUAAAAGUGAUUUUGCAUGGAGAUUGUUGGAACAACAACUUCAUGUUUUUACUUGAGGACGGUGAUCAUAAUCGGCCGUUGAAAGUCGCAAUCCUCGAUUGGCAAAUCGCAAGAUACACAACACCAAUCUUCGAUUUAUCCUAUUUUCUCUUUUCCUGUGUCUCAGGACGAGAUUUUGAAGAACUGGACGAUAUUUUGGCCACUUAUUUUGACUCUUUUACCGGGCAUUUGAAAAGCUUAGGGAUUAGUGAGCCGGAAUUGUUGUAUUCGAAAAAUGAGUUUCUCAAAGAUUGGACCAGAUUUUGCAAGUAUGGAAUUCUAAUGAGCACAUUUUUGAUGAAAGUUGUUUCGACUGAUAAGGACGAAGUCGUGGAUAUCGCAGAAAACGCAGAGAAAGGGAAGAAUAUUGAAGACGUUUUCCUCAACGAAAUUAGAGACAAAGAUAAUUUUAAAAAUCGGACGAAAGUGAUAAUACAAUAUGCUAUUAAAAAUAACUUGAUCUAAUAAAAAAUUAAAAAUG